CCGCCCGUCAGGCGCCGCUCCGCGCUCACGCCGCGCGAACGCGCCGGAGACUCGCAAAACCCGGAGAAGCGGAUCGUGCGCGCGGUGUCCGGGCUCGUCGGCAGGAAGUCGGGACCGGGGCUCGCCGGGGACAGCGACCCGGAGCGAGAGCGGGAGCGGCCUCAGGCCUAGGCGGGCUGUUGGAGGAUGUUUGUACCAAGAUCUCUAAAAAUCAAGAGGAAUUCCAAUGAUGAUGUCCAAAGUAGUGUAGCCAAGAAAAUUAAGGCAGAAGAGAAGCACCCUUGGUUGGACAAGGAUGGAGAUGUUGCAGUGGAUCCUGCAGUUACAAAAGGAGCCAGAGCAGCAGACAAGCCCAGUGGUCCAUCAGGCCCCGCUGGCCAAUUGGCCAAGGUUUGUGAGCAGGAUGUGGACAGCCAGCCUUCUGAAGAGCCUGUGAAGUCAUUUUCUAAAACCCAGCGCUGGCCAGAACCCGGGGAGCCGGUGUGUGUGGUGUGUGGUCGUUAUGGGGAAUAUAUUUGUGAUAGGACGGAUGAAGAUGUGUGCAGUUUGGAGUGCAAAGCCAAACAUCUUGUGCAAGUCCAAGGACAGGAAGAGAAAUUCAACCUCAGCAGUCCACAGAAAACGGCUUCAGAGCCCGAGUCUCUUCUUGCUGCCUUCUAUGAGUACAAAGAGCACCCCUUUAUUGCGAGCCUUCGGGAGGACCAGGUGGAAAAUCUCAAGCAGCAGCUAGGGAUUUCAGUUCAAGGGGAAGGGGUCGCUAGGCCUAUUAUUGACUUCGAACACUGCGGGUUCCCUGAGGUCUUAAAUCACAACUUGAAGCAAUCGGGCUAUGAGGUGCCAACCCCAGUCCAAAUGCAGAUGAUUCCCGUGGGACUUCUGGGCAGAGACAUCCUGGCCAGCGCUGACACUGGCUCUGGGAAAACAGCUGCUUUCCUUCUUCCCGUUAUCAUCCAAGCUGUCUUUGAGAACAAAACUCCGUGUGCACUCAUCCUUACGCCAACACGAGAGCUGGCCGUCCAGAUAGAAAGGCAGGCCAAGGAGCUGAUGAGGGGUCUGCCACGCAUGAAGACCGUGCUCCUCGUGGGGGGCUUGCCGCUGCCCCCGCAGCUCCACCGCUUGCGACAGCAUGUGAAGAUUAUCAUAGCAACCCCUGGACGGCUUCUGGAUAUCAUAAAGCAGGGCUCUGUAGCCCUCUCGGGUAUAAAAGUGGUCAUAGUUGAUGAAGCGGAUACCAUGUUAAAGAUGGGCUUCCAGCAGCAAGUGCUUGACAUUUUGGAAAACGUCCCUAAUGACUGCCAGACCAUGUUGGUUUCUGCCACAAUCCCAGCCAGUAUAGAGCAGCUGGCCGGCCAGCUGCUGCACAACCCCGUGAGAAUUACCACGGGCCAGAAGAAUCUGCCCUGCCCCACUGUGCGCCAGAUCAUCCUGUGGGUGGAAGACCCCGCCAAAAAGAAAAAACUGUUUGAAAUCUUGAAUGAUAAGAAGCUCUUUCAUCCUCCGGUGUUAGUAUUUGUGGACUGCAAAUUAGGAGCUGAUCUGCUAAGUGAAGCUGUUGAGAAAAUCACAGGACUAAAAAGCACUUCUAUACAUUCAGAGAAGCCACAGAUGGAGAGAAAAAACAUACUGCAGGGAUUGCUGGACGGAGACUACGAGGUGGUGGUGAGCACCGGGGUUCUGGGACGAGGCCUUGACCUGGUCAGUGUGAAGCUGGUGGUGAAUUUUGACAUGCCUCCCAGCAUGGACGAGUAUGUGCACCAGGUGGGCAGAGUGGGGCGGCUGGGCCAAAGUGGAACGGCGAUCACUUUCAUCAAUAACAACUCCAAAAGGCUCUUCUGGGAUGUCGCUAAAAGGGUAAAGCCCACAGGAUCCAUUCUCCCCCCGCAGCUCCUAAACUCCCCCUACCUUCACGAGCAGAAGAGGAAGGAGCAGCAGAAGGACAGACAGGCACAGAGUGAUCUGGUCACGGGCGCCAACCUCAUGGACAUAAUUAGGAAACACGAUAAAAGCAGUUCUCAAAAGUGAUGUGCUAGGCGGCUCUCAGACAUCGUUUUCUCUGUGGACAACAGGCUUUCCCUGAAUUACUACUCCCUGCUGGAAAUGAGAAUUAACAUGACACAAAUAAUUCUUCGUGAUGGGAGUUUUUAAAAUUGCUAAGAUUCCUAUUGGGUAUGGUAUUUAUUUCUCUUCCUACUUCUCAUAAAUCAAAGACAAAUUCAGAAGCUAUAUUGUUAAAUAAAAUACUUUUU